AAAUAAUUAUAAUAUCUUAUCCUUUAUAGCAUGCAAUUGUUCUCAGGACAAACUCGUUCAUUUCGUUGAAUAUCAGAAUUCAAAAACAACACCGGAAAGCAAGAGUUUGACACCCCUAGCUCAGAGCUCGCUGCGAUCGGAGUCUUUCCAGCGUUCCACACCUUUUUCUCACUCUCACUCACACAAAGUACCGCACCGAUGGCGUUAGCUAGGAGAUUGUUCAGCACGCAUCUGCUCUCUCAGGGGGUGAAACGUGUCCGCACCAGGGACAGGGUGCGCGCCGUAAUUCCCACUUUCUCGUUCACACCACCAGGCAGAGACGGCGCGCGCUAACGUCAGCUUCGGGCUGUUCGGUCCGACCGACCUGCAACUUCGUCCUCCACAGGAAGCAAGGCUCCGGGAACAGCGCGGUUGGGAGCAGACAGUAUUAAAUGUGCAUUUCCCUCCCGCACGAAGCGACCGCAGGAAGCAUACGCCAGUGUGACAAUGCAAAUCAAGCCGGAAUCAUCCCCAAUAAUGAGUUCGCCGCUGAAAGCGCUGGUCGAGUUUCUGCGGCUCAUCUACGCCAAGUGCUACCGUAAGGUGGUCCGAGAAUGCAACCAGGCUAUAGGAAACUGUAUCGAAACUAAUAAGUGUGUAUGGCCUGCCACGAUGAUAAACCAUUGCGCCAAUCCGGACUUCCCUUGCCAAAAAACUGUGGAAUGUAAUUUUGGUGUGAUUGUCAUGAAUUAGAAAUAUCGAUCCAAGUAUACCGAGGCACCGAACACCCAAUGCGAACAGUGUACAGAUGAGUUACGCUAUACGCAGGCUGCUGCGUGCAGCCAUGUGCGUGUUUAGCUGGUUCGUCAUGCCCUACUCGCAGUGCGUAAGCGGUCGAAUAGAGCGCCGCAAACUCCCACCAAUCGAAGAUCCGCUGCUGCUCCUGUCGGCCACCGUGCUUGCCGAGCGCAUCCGCAAGCGCGAGAUACGCAGCGAGGACGUGGUCCGUACGUACAUCCAACGGUGCCAGCAGGUGAACCCGCUGCUAAACGCCAUCGUCGAGGAUCGUUUCGAAGCAGCACUGGAAGAGGCACAGGAAGUCGACCGUCAGCUUGCGAAGGGUACGCUCGGACCCGCGGAAGAGUUAGCCCGCACCAAACCCCUGCUCGGACUGCCGGUUUCGAUCAAGGAAAGCUUAGCGGUCGAGGGCAUGAGCAACACGGCCGGUCGAAAGCUGCGCGAAAAGAAGGUCGCACUCAGUGAUGCGCCCGUCGUGCACCAGAUUAAGCGGGCCGGUGGUAUUGUGCUGCUCGUAAGCAACACGCCCGAACUGUGCCUGUGCUGGGAAACGUACAACCAGUGCACGGGUCUAACGCGCAACCCGUACAACCUGCAGCGCACUGCGGGCGGAUCGUCCGGCGGUGAGGCCGCACUGAUUGCGGCGGCCGGAUCGCUGCUCGGCGUUACGACCGAUAUUGCCGGCUCUUCGCGCCUACCAGCCAUGUUUACUGGCGUGUUUGGCCAUAAACCUUCACCGUACGUGGUGUCACCGUACGGGCACCAUCCGUCCUGUGACGAUGAGAACUGGGGCAGCUUCUUCACGCCGGGUGCCAUGUGCCGGUAUGCGGAGGAUUUGCCGCUCCUGCUGGAAGCGAUGCGCGAUCCGGACGGUACGCCCGUCACGCUGCACAAACCGGUACCGAUCGGGGCGCUCAAAUGCUACUACAUGGAGAACGAUGGACCGUCCGGUUUGACGCGCCCGAUCGAUGCCGACAUCGUGCAGGCGAUCCGCGACGUGGCGGCCCAUCUGAACGCACAGCGCGUCAACCUCAAGCGGCUGCGCUGGACGCUGGACAUUUCGGUGUGCAAGAUGCUGCGCAUGAAGAACGUGGAAACGAUCUACAGCCCACAGGCGAACGGCAAGCCGGACACGACGAUGAGGCGGGAGGUGUUCAAGUAUCUGCUCGGCAUGUCGAAGUCCGAUCUGCCCUCGGUCAUGAUCGGCCCGAUGCAGCACAUCGUGAACAACUACAUACCCCAGUCCCGGCUCGACUUUCUCGAUGCGCAGACGGAGAAGCUGCGCAAGGACUUUAUCGAUCUGCUCGGCACGGACGGGGUGUUCAUCUAUCCCGGCUUCCCGAACACGGCCCACCGGCACUAUCGCAUCUUUCACAAGCUGGUCGACACGACGUACAUGAUGGUGUUCAACACCGUCGGGCUGCCGGCCGCCUCCUGCAUGGUCGGGUUCGAUCGCGAGAAGCUCCCGAUCGGCGUACAGAUUGUCGCUGCCCCCGGACAGGAUCAUCUUAUCUUUGCCGUGGCCAAAGAGCUAGAACGACGGUUCGGUGGUUGGGUGGCUCCUGUCUAGAUUGGGAGGGGGUUUUCAACCCGCAACAACCCAGGAGACACACACCCACACACCAGCAAAUGCGCGGCCCAGCCGUCAACAAUGAGAUUGUGAUUUUUUCGAGCUUAAUCUAAGAUUUCCUGUAACUGUUUUCUUUCUGUUUUUGAUUGUUGUUACUUCGUUGUUUUCUUUGGAACUGUUUCCGCCUCUGUAUAUGUGUAUGUGUGUGUAUGUACAUUGUUUCGUAGUACGGACUUUUCACUGCAAUAUUUCGAUAAAUUGUUAUUUUCAUUAAAAAAAAGCGCGUCUCUCUACUGUUGAUCAAUUGGAUACAUUCCGCCGGAGUUUUAAAACAAAGAAAAGACGGCUCUUUAAUCUUCCAACGCGCGUAAUGUUGAUAUCGUUAUCGUUAGCAUGUGUGUUAGCAGCAUCAUUGUGGUUGUGUUUAUCAAAAGACAAAACUAGUAUGAACGCAAAUGGAAAAGUAACAAGAGACUGGUUGGCAAUAGGAACGGGCCACAGAGGAUAGUGAUACAUUCAAUGUUAAAAAAUACAGUGGACAACUGAUAGUUUUAGUGAUACAAAUAAUAAAACUGAGUACAUAAUGUUUAA